ACUCUCAUCUGCCGUGGGAAGCAGAACAUUAUUCUUUGGUAUACCUGAAAGACUAGUUUACAGACUCCUCCGCCCAGGUUCAAAAUCCAGGUGACAACAACAGAAGGGAAUACUUUGAAUGGCAGCACCUUCAUUGCAGCCCGUUUCAGACUUCUAGGUGUCUCACAACAACCAAACGAUUUCACCAUUUUGAACAUGGAAAGAGAGUCCCGAUGAUGAAAUACCUGGCAAGGCAACGAGUGUAAGGAAGUGUAAUAUAUGAGUGUAAUAAGCACCCAAGUCAGCAGAAGGCAAGAAAGAAGAUUCUUAGCUAGCAGACAUGUAUCUAUCUUUGAUCCAGAAAUCCUUGUUGAUCAUGGGCUUCUUUGGAGGCAUAGUAUUGAUUUCUUUUCUUGCAGUGUACUAUUUGUGGCCAUCAGUACUCAUCAGGGUUGGGAUAUGGUACAAACGUAGGAAAAAUGGCGUUGAGAUAAAAUAUGCCAAGUGCAAAGACUACACGUUCUGUUACAUCUGCCGAGGGAAUCCUGGACCCCAACCAUCUAUGUUGCUGCUUCAUGGGUUUACAGCCAACAAGGACAUGUGGUUGGAGCUAUUCAAAGGCUUUCCUAAGGAUCUCCACAUGGUCUGUAUUGAUAUGCCUGGUCAUGGAGACACUACCCGCCUGGAGGGUGAAAGCUACACAGGAGUUGAUCAGGUUGCAAGGAUACACCAGUUUGUUGAAUGUGUUGGUCUGAACAGAAAGCCUUUUCACUUGGUUGGCAUCUCCAUGGGUGGAAUGGUUGCCGGGCUUUAUGCUGCGUACCAUCCAUCAGAAGUGCACUGUUUAUCCCUCUUUUGUCCAGCUGGUCUGCAGAGUCCAACCCCUUCUGAGUACAUGAAGCACAUGAAGGACAUGAAGAGUCAAGAAAAAUCAAGCGCUGAGAACAAUCCUCUCAUUCCUUCAUCCUUGGAGCAGGCGAAAGAUCUCAUCAAGUUGGGAAUCUACCAGUCCCCGCCAAAACUGGACACACAGUUAAUAAAAGGAUAUCUUGACUAUCAAAGGCCACAUAAUGCUUUCUACAAGAAAUGUUUUGCAGAUAUAAGUAGUGAAGAGUCCAGAUUCCUCCUUCAUGACAACUUGACGAAGAUCAAGGCUCCUAUGCAAGUUAUUUGGGGAAAGGAUGACAAGAUUAUUGAUCCUUCUGGUGCUGAAGUUUUGGCAGCUGCUUUUCCCAGCUCUCAAGUCCAUAUCCUAGAGAGAUGUGGACACUUCAUAGUAGGCGACCGGCCCAGAAAAUCCAUCAAGCUCCUCUUGGAGUUCAACAAUUCCUUUUGUAAUCCAGCUGAGAGUAAGAAGAUGGCAUGAUCCUCAUUGAAGAGCAAACAUCUGGAAAAUAUUCAAUGCAGCAUUCCACUCUGUAAACAAGAGGGAAAUGGUAUUAUGAAUCCAUGAAGUAUUUCCCACUGAUUUUUACAGUCUGAUUUUUGGAUAUUGGAAUGAUUGGUCUUGACUUCCCAGCCUAAAACCAAACCUCUUUUUUUAUAUAUAAUUACGACCUAUAUUAUAGUGCAAAAACCUCUCUUGAGUACUUGAGAUAGAUGGAUACAUGGAUGGAUGACAAACAACAUGAAACAUAUACUUCUCUGGUUUAUGAUCCCAGAACCACCAUAGAUUGGGCAGUUGGGGAAACUUGAGUCAUAAAAAAUAAUGUCUGGCAUCCUAUUCAUGAAAUAUAGUGCUGUAAGCCAGAUCUUAGCCCUCUCAAAUCACUUUUUAUUGUUGCAGAAGUUGGAACCCUGUUCUAUUCAUGCUAUGACCAGAAUCCCCAUCAAAACUUGCCCAACCACAACAAUGGCACAGCCAUUUCCCCAUUGUAGGAGGGGAGAAGGAUUGGCAAGGAAGCCACCAGGCAUUUUCCUCCAUCUGUCCACUUUGCAAGUAUGUCAUGUAGGUCCUCAGAAACCCCAGAGGUUUCUUGCCAUUGCCUGCUGCAACUUCUCCAGCUCUGAAAAAACAGCUGGACACAUC